AUGGAUAGAAAUACGAAAGGAAAGCACCGGAAGAUUGCUCUAAAUAUGAGAAACGAUGAAAACAGCGAUAAAAUGAACGAAUCUGUGGAGGAAUUGCGUUCAGGCGAUGAUUGGCAACCGAUUCAUGCCUUCACAUCAACGCCAACCACAGAUGAAACCAAUUUUUAUGACAUUAUAUGUAUCGUUAAUACCUAA